CCACUGCCUAGGAAAUGCCAGUACUUCCUCUAAAAAAAGAUGAAAUCCUUCGUCCUCAUCCUUGCAUUCGCAGCGGUCGCCCUCGCGGCGGAAAGAUACACGACGAGGUACGACAACAUCGACCUGGACGAGAUCCUAAGAAACCAGAGAUUGUACAAGAAGUACUUUGAAUGCCUCACGAACAAGGGGAGGUGUACGCCGGACGGCAAAGAGCUCAAAGAUGCCCUCCCCGAAGCCCUCGCCACCGGGUGCAACAAGUGCACGCCAAAGCAGAGAUCCGGUUCCGAGAAGGUGAUCCGAUACCUCAUCAACAACAAGCCCCGGGAUUACGCCGUCCUCGAGAGGAUCUACGACCCAUCCGGCACUUAUAAAAAGAAGUACCAAGCCGACGCAAAGAAGCUCGGACUACGCGUCUGAUCUCAAAAAAAUUAUUUUGUAUAUAGAUUUUAAAAAAAAAUUAAAGUAUUUUUAUUUUGUA